CCAGCAGAUAAGCCGCGACAUAAGCGAGAGAUAACAGUUAUAUUAUUUAUUCCAUUAUCCUCAAAACUCGGUUUUCCACAGAAACAAUGCUCUCAAUUGUCAUCUGCUGUCAUGUGUAAUUAAAUGAUGUGACUUUUUAGUGUUCAUAGUGCAAACUUCUUCAUUUUUAAUGCGAUGUUACAAUUGUCACGGUAUAUAUAGUCCGUAGUAAGUUUUGGUUCCCAAACACAGAUUAAAUUCUAGUCAAUUAAUAAUGCGCUUCUAAUUUUUAAUGCAAACCUUUUUGUAUAGUGUUUUAAUUUAGGGUAGUUAGGGCAAAAAAUCCAUAUCAGUUACUAAUCAGGAUAAAUGCAAACAAGUAAAAUAAAAUUUGCCAAACCGGGUGAUGAGUGCCAGUGAGACUGUUCCUAUUCUAGCAAACUCUAGUGUAAACGAAGUGCAUAGUGCCUUGUCUGUUGCCUGUAGUGAUAGUUCAGCUGAGGACGUACCUUUGGUCCCAGAAGUUAUCUUUGAACCAGCAUUGGAUUCCCCAGGAUUAAAUAGAGAAUCACAGCCUCUCCUAGGAGGGCUUGAUGUCUCUUAUAAUCAGUUUCCAGAUGACCCAUUGUUCAGUGAGUUGGUGUGGCAGGCAGAAGUUGCUAUUGACAAUGGCAUUUUUCCGGAACGCAUUUCUCAGGGCUCCAGUGGAUCUUAUUUUGUCAAAAACCCCUCUGGAAAAAUCAUCGCAGUUUUCAAACCCAAAGACGAAGAACCCUAUGGUCGCUUAAAUCCCAAAUGGACAAAAUGGAUGCAUAAACUAUGUUGUCCCUGCUGUUUUGGAAGAUCCUGUUUGAUUCCAAAUCAAGGAUAUUUAUCAGAGGCAGCCGCAUAUUUAGUUGAUUCUAAACUCAAUCUCGAUAUAGUACCCAAAACGAGAGUUGUAAAAUUAGUGUCAGAAACAUUUAAUUAUCCUAGGAUAGACAGGCAAAAAGCACGGAUGAAGAGAGCGAUAAUGGAACAGUUUCCAAAUGUUGGUUUAAGAUUUAAUAGGAUAGGUCUCCCACCAAAGUGUGGUUCAUUCCAAUUGUUUGUAGAUGGUUAUAAAGACGCAGAUUAUUGGUUACGGAGAUUUGAGGUCGAACCACUGCCUCCAAGAAUGGCACAGAAGUUUCAACUUCAGUUUGAACGUUUAGUUGUUUUAGAUUACAUUAUUAGAAACACAGAUCGUGGAAAUGAUAAUUGGCUUAUAAAGUAUGAACAACCAACAAUUUCAAAUGGAAAUGGGCCAGUGGAGUUAACAGAAACGACAGACUGGAAUGUAGUUAAUUUCCCAGAGAUAAGCAUUGCUGCGAUAGACAAUGGUUUAGCUUUCCCUUACAAACAUCCAGAUAGUUGGAGGGCUUACCCUUACCAUUGGGCAUGGUUACCACAAGCCAAAGUUCCGUUCAGUAAAGAAACGAAAGAUCUUGUUCUACGACCGUUAGCUGAUAUGAAUUUUGUACAGGACUUAUGUGAUGAUUUAUAUUUACUAUUUAAGCAAGACAAAGGAUUCGAUAGAAGUUUAUACGAAAGACAAAUGUCAGUAGUUAGGGGCCAAAUUCUUAAUCUUACACAAGCUCUAAAAGAUGGAAAGUCUCCAGUGCAACUAGUUCAGAUGCCGGCUGUUGUUGUGGAAAGAUCACAAAGCCAACAAACAAAUCGAUUUUUCAACUUUACACAACGCUUCCAGGAUAAAAGCCCCUUCUUCUCAUGGUGUUAACAGAUUGUUUUUAUAACUACAUAAAAAAUAGGCCAGAGGUUUUUAAUACAUUAUCUUAUACAGUACUAUUGCUGUUAUUUUAACUAGAAAAUUUUUUAAUGAAAUCAUUGUGAGAUUUAUUUUCCUGUCAAUUAAGUUAAAAAAGAAACUGAGUAAAUUAUUUAUUAAACGAAAACAGAGGUACUACAAUAAAACGUAUAUUAAUAA